CUAUAAAUAGCAACUCAUUUCAUCAUCUCAAACACCAAGCAAACAACAUUUUCACUACUAAUUAGCCACAUUCAAUUGUUGAGAGAGCUAAUAACUUUGAAAAAUGGCUAAGUCUGCUAUAUCCUCCAUUGCUCUUGUUCUCACAUUGAACAUCCUCUUCUUCACUAUGGUUAGUUCCACUAAUGUCCCAUGCCCACCACCCCCACACCCAAAGCCCCAACCUACCCCUACACCCUCCACCCCCGCUACCCCCUCUACCCCAUCAACAAAGGGUAAGUGCCCAAUAGACGCACUAAAGCUAAAUGUGUGUGGAAAUUUAUUGAAUCAUUUGGUUCACCUUGUUAUUGGAAGUAGCUCAGCUAAAACUCCAUGUUGCUCUCUAAUUCAAGGACUUGCUGAUCUUGAUGCUGCUGUUUGCCUUUGCACUGCUAUUAAAGCCAACGUGUUGGGAAUUAAUCUGAAUGUUCCUCUUUCCCUCAGCUUGCUUCUCAACAACUGUGGAAAGAAUGCACCCAACAACUUCCAAUGCGCAUAAGACAUUUCCCAAUUCAUCUUUCUUUCAGUUCCAGAAAAUUUCCAAUUCAUAUUUCAGUGUGUUUUUGGUUUGUAUGCUUAUACUAGUUGCUUAUUUUCAAAUGAAGUAUACUUUUUGUUCUAAUUGGUGAGAAGGGAGGCAAUUAGUUGCCUUCUUUUCGCUGUAUCCGAUUUUCAUGAAAUAAAUGAUAUCUUUUGGAGUUUA